AUGGAACCUUCCUUGAACCCGUUAAGGGAACAAAUUUGGAGGUUGAAGAUUGAUCCAAAAAUUGAGGUGUUCUUAUGGAAAUUGCUCUGUGGUGCGAUUCCGCUGGCAGAAAGACUGUUGACCAGGGGACCGUGGAAAGCUCCUCCUCAGUCUUGGGUCAAAUGUAACAUUGGCUUCUCUUGGUCUAAAAGGAACAAGCUGGCGGGAGCCAGUUGGGUCUUAAGAGAUGAGAACGGGGUUGUGCUUCUUCAUAGUAGAAGAGCCUUUGCGAACUUGAAAAAUGCAGAGGAAGGGAAGUUCCUGUGUUUCUGUUGGGCUAUGGAAAAGUUGCUGUUGUUACUAUCGGAGUUUGAUGAUUGGAAAGUGGCGUUAGAAGGAUUGGAGUCAAAUAGAGGAGCUAAUCUCAUUGCUCAAAGUGUCACCAAUGAUAGAAGGUUAUAUUCCUAUGUGGCUUCUUGUCAUCCAUCUUGGCUAAAUGCUUCUGAAAAGGCACUAGGUGGCGAUUACAUUUUCAACAUGAACAACCAAAGUCCUGAGGACACAACGGUUGAGGGAUUUGAAGUACCUGUAUCGCCAGUUUCUAGUUACAACAACGUGUAUUCCUCAACUGAAGACGAGACAAGAGAUCCUCCGGCUGUACCGCCACACCUUCAACACACUCUUUUAGGCAACCCCGGUAGCACGGAAUUGGAUUCCGUGCCACAGAAUGUCGUCCUGAACCACCUCUACAUUGAGAACCGGGACGCCCCGAGAUCCGUGGUAGCACUCGGUUUCUCGCAUCGGUUCAGGUCGAAGUAUGUCACUGUGGUGAUAUACAAACCGGUUCAAAGAAGAGGGAACGCCAAUGUUUGA